UCCGUCACCAUGUCGCAGGAAUUGAAGCGGGUCUUCCGUCUUCGGUAACGCGCGCGCCGCGGUCAGCAUCGAAGACCGACAACUGUCAAAUGACAAUCGCGUUUGCGGAUUUACGUUCGCGCGUCUCUGAGAAAUGGCAGCGGAAAUCAAGCCUGCCCCGGGAGUGAAUCACGACAGAUUCAGCAACAGCCGCAAACCGGUGCUCCUAUCCAAGUUGGAGGGAUGCAGCGACGACGUGAACGCGGCUGUCAUCAUCCCGCGGGAAGAGGGUGUAAUCAGUGUUUGCGAUGACAGGACAGUUAGAGUAUGGCUGAAGCGAGAUUCUGGCCAAUAUUGGCCCAGCAUUUGUCAAUACAUGCCGGCAGGUGCUACCUCCAUGUACUAUUGUGUAGAAACAAGACAACUGUUUGUUGGCCUGGAUAAUGGAAGCAUAAGUGAAUUUAUUUUGGAGCAAGAUUACAAUCGAAUGACGGCGAUGCGCGAGUAUCUGGCUCAUCAGGCGAGAGUCACGGGAAUCAUUCUUGCACCGGAAUCCGAAUGGGUAUUGAGUAUAGGUCGUGACAAAUUAUUUCUACUACACAGUUCCGAGACAGGACAGAAACUCGGAUCUUAUCAAACAGACGCGUGGUACACCGCGUUGCAAUUUGAUUCUCAGUCUAAACAUGCUUUCGUGGGAGAUUAUUCCGGUCAGAUAGCAAUGUUAAAGCUGGACAAUAGCGGUGUCACGUUUAUCACGACGUUAAAGGCGCAUACCGGGAGCAUCCACACGUUGGCAUGGGACUUUGAAAAACAGUUGUUGUUCUCCGGAAGUUUUGAUCAAAGUAUUAUUGUUUGGGACAUUGGCGGUCGCCAGGGCACCGCUUACGAGCUCCAGGGUCAUCACAACAAAGUGAAGGCAUUGUGCUACGCAAGUGAAGAACGUUUGCUUCUGUCGGGAGGCGAGGACGGCGUGAUCGUCUGUUGGAACAUGGCAGCGAAUAGAAAAGAAACUGCAGCUUGGGUCGAGUCUGAUAUCUGUCAGGCGUGUGGAAGACCGUUCUUCUGGAAUAUAAAAGCAAUGAUGGAUCAACGACAACUAGGACUAAGGCAGCAUCAUUGUCGUUAUUGCGGUCGCGCAUUGUGCGCCCGCUGCACGUCACAACGAAUACCGAUACCUACAAUGGGCUUCGAGUUUGAAGUUAGAGUCUGCGAUCAGUGUCACAUACAACUUAAAUCCGAGAAUCAAACGUCCUUGGCGUCGUUUCACGAUGCCAAGCACAGCGUUGUCGGAAUGGAUCUGGACGCUCCUAGACGAAGAUUGCUGACCAUCGGCCAAGAUCGCGUGAUCAAGAUCUGGGACGUGUCCGCGCUCUUUCAGUGAAUUUCCACGUAUGUAUGGCUCGGAAUGAGAAAAAAAAACGGAAAAUGUUGCAAAUCAAAUUGACACAUAUAUCGUCAUACUCGGAAUUAUAUAUUCCGGAACCUAUUUUUGUGAUUAUAUAAUUGCGUCAGAUUGCUGAAUCGCGCGCGCGAUAUGGUCCGUUGUGUAACGAGAGAGCCGUUCCGAUAGAAUGUAGAUCGCGAGCGAUCGGUCAGUUUAUCAGUGAUAAUAUUAGCAUGCUUAAUCCACACACAUAUACACAUAUACACACACACAUAUAUAUAUAUAUUUUCUCGCAUCAGAUAACAGAUAAUAAUUCGAGAGAGAGAGAGAGAGAAAUACAGGGCAAGCGCGUUAUUUCAGUAGUGAGUUAUCGUCUGAGAAGAUCAUGUUAGUAAAAUUCUACUUCCCAGAAAAAUAUUCGUGCAACGCUAUACUUGUACACAAAUAAAUAGACUUCGAAUGCAACGUACGUGGGUUCUUCUUGAUUCUCGAAAAAAUGAAUGUUAGAUAAUCACGACACGCAACAUAGAAACACGUACUGUGUGUUAAAUCACUUUUGAAAGAAAAAAUUGUAAACAAAGAUUUACGUACAGGCAAACCACGUAAAUUUGAAUUGUUGUAAAAAUAGAUACUUUUUUUACUUCAGAAUCAAUUAAUUCUCCAUUUUCUGAAACUCAUUAAAAAAACACACAUACGUAUAGCGGUGAAUUGGAAAGCCCAUAUUUAAACAAACGAUCUUGCAAAUGUGUAUAUAUAUAGCGAAUUUUUGCACGUUUUGUUACUGUUGAGGUAUCUUCGCGCUGUUACAUCCAGCACUACACACAACUAAACAUAUUUUCAACGAAAGAAUAACAUCAAGAGUCUAGUUUAGUAGUCGACAACUCACUAAUCGUGUAUAAGCGCGCAUUAACUAUUUUAAUGUGUUUUAUCUACUAUAUAAUUAUAAAAUAGAAUAUAAGGAAAUAUAUAUAUAUAUAUAAUAGCUAUAUAAAAUAAAAUUCUAAAUUUGUUUCUUCUGUGCAUUACUUCCUGCUGCUGUGAGUCAUCAGUAAGUUGAACAUAUAUAUAUAUAUACAAACCCUUACAACUGUACUACGUUCGAACCAAUUCGAAUAUAAGUGAUAUAUAUCUCGUACUAAGUACUAGUCCUAUUUGUUAUACGAAUCACGUUUGUUUAAUAUUAUACUGCAUCGUCUUUUUAUGAGAAUAUAAAAAACCGGACAAGAAAGUAUCCGCUGUUGAGAAAUAGUAUAUUUGGCUACUUUUUUGACCAACCGAAGUCUUCUCAAGUACAAUAAGUAGGUACAAGCUAUGCAAAAAAAAAAAAAAAACUAAUUAGCCCAAAGGUAACGAAUUUCUUGUAUUUUGUUGCGAUACGUAAAAGUAUAUAAUUUAUUUGUUAAUAAAUAAUGUGUUACCUCCAUGUAUCUAGAUUUUGCAGAUCGAGAUCAAGAUUUUCAAUCUUGUAAAAAAAAAAAAAAAA